UGCUCCGGCCACUCCCUUAACUUGAUAUCUGUUUACUCUAGAGGGAGCAGGCUUUGAGAACAGAUCAUAAAUAUCCUGGCCCAAGGCCUUAGCAGCCACAACAAGGAAAAAGAACAUACUCGCCUGAAGAUAAUGUUAUAGGGAAUAUUUAAAUGUGCCGGUUAAUUUUUUAUCCACUUUAAUAACUGUUUUUUUUUUUUUUUUCCUUCUCUUCCGUCUACUUCUUUGCUCUCUGUUUCUGCCCUGAAACUGCUGGCACACAGAUUUCUGCAGACAAAAUCCUCCAGUGCCUACUGCAGGGCAGCCCUGUAAGCACUAGUUCUUACCGUGCCUGGGUUGGGGUCCGUUCUCCGAAAUGGCAGGUGUGAGUGGCUGUUUGAAAUAUUCUAUGUUCUUCUUCAACUUCUUGUUCUGGAUAUGUGGCACAUUGAUCCUGGCACUAGCAAUAUGGGUGAGAGUCAGCAAGGAUGGGAAAGAGAUCAUCACUUCUGGAGACUCCAGCACGAACCCUUAUGUUGCAGUGAAUAUCUUGAUUGCAGUUGGGGCCAUCAUCAUGGUCCUUGGUUUCCUGGGAUGCUGCGGAGCUGUGAAGGAAAGCCGCUGCAUGCUUCUCUUGUUUUUUAUUGGCUUGCUCCUGAUUCUGCUUCUGCAAGUGGCUGCAGGCAUCUUAGGAGCUUCUUUCAAAUCUGAGUCUAGCCGCCUUCUGAAUGAAACUCUCUAUGAGAAUGCAAAGCUUUUGGCUGAGGUGACUGAAGAGGCAAAAGAAUUCCAGAAUGCCAUGAUUUCAUUUCAAGCAGAGUUCAAAUGCUGUGGAUUGGUCAACGGCCCUGAAGACUGGGGGAAUAAUUUUCAAAGUGCAAAAGAGUCGUGUGAAUGCACAGGCACAGGCACAGGCUGUACUCCUUAUCAUGGGUAUUUCAUUUAUUCACAGAGCUGUCUUAAUGUGAUAAAAGAUCUGGUUGAAAAGAACAUUAUUAUAGUCAUUGGACUUGCUUUUGGACUGGCAGUUAUCGAGAUUCUUGGUUUGGUGUUUUCUAUGGUGCUGUACUGCCAGAUUGGAAACAAAUGAAUCUGUGGACUUACCAAAUUAUCAUAAACACCAUUUAAGUUUUCGCUUUGGCUUUGUAAUGUUAAAUAGAUGCGUACCUGUAAAUUACAGGAGCCAAUGUCUUAUUGAAACACAGGCAGACUACAGAUAUCUUCACAUAUACUCCACAUAUUUAAAUGUGAGGGACAUAAUACAAAUGGCUGUGUAUUUUUUCUCAAAAUAAAAAGUGUCUGUGUUGAUGCUGU